AUGCACUUGGGCUGUCCGUCUGUUUUUCCAACCCUCUCUCGUGCUCCUUUGUCCAAAUCUCUCGAAAAUCCUAGAAAGACACAAAAAGAAGCUACGAAUAAUAAGGCUACUGAUAAAGGAGGAGGCAAUAACAACAUUGUAGCACAAACUUUCACCUUCCGAGAACUGGCUAUAGCAACGAAGAAUUUUAGACAAGAAUGUCUCACAGUCACUAGAGAAGGUGGAUUUGGACGAGUUUAUAAAGGUCGUCUCGAUAAAACAAGACAAAUUGUAGCUCUGAAGAAACUCGACCAUAAUGGAUUACAAGGAAACGAAGAAUUUCUUAUGGAGGUUUUGAUGAUGAGCCUUUUACACCACCAGCAUUUAGUAAAUCUAAUAGGAGAACAGAGACUUUUGGUGUCUACAUGUCGUUGGGAUCUUUUUCUCUUCUUUUCUUUUCUUUUUUCCCGCUAA